AACAAAGAAAAAGCAGAUACUAUGCACUAUUUGACAUCAGCUGAAUCUAAAAGAGAGGAAGGACCCUUUACAGUAAUAGAGGCUAAUGAUGUCCCUGAUGGCAAUAAUGUGGAGGACGUUCGGAAAACUAGUCUCCAGGUUACAGUAAGCAAGCAAGAUGAAGAGGAAUUGAUGGCCAGGUCCCAGCUAGAAGUAUUGCGUUGCCUAUUGUAUCAGAAGUUUGCUCUUAACCUUCAGGCCUACUUUCUGUUUCACCUUCCAGACCUGACCCCUUUAAUGGACACUUUGAUCAACCUUAACUUGUCAUUCAAUAAUUUAUUCCUCUUUCCUAUGGAGGUGCUUAAUAUUAGAACCUUACAAGUCCUGGUGCUCCGAAACAACCCUAUCAGAGAGAUCCCUAAUGACAUUUACAGACUGAAGUCACUGAAGAAAUUCAUCAUUUCCUUCAAUUUGCUAUCAGAACUUCCAGCUGGGUUGUUCUUAUUAGACAGUCUCCAUCAUCUGGACAUUGCUUAUAAUGAUAUUAGCUUUAUCCCCAAUGACAUCAAGAACCUCAGGUAUAUAAGCAACAUAAAGUGAAAACAGAUCUCUGCAUCAUAAUCCUGUAGACCACAUUUUGAUCCUAAUUAUAUCAGUGAAUACAUGGGGAAGAUUCACGGCACCCUCUUCCUCCCCCUUCUUAAUCCUGUCCUGUGUGGGAGGCUCAUGUUUACAGAAACAGUGAAUGACAAUUGCAUACAAGAAU